CUCAAACCAAAAACACUUAAACACAUCCAUCCGAUUCUAUUUUAAUUAAUAUUUUGACGCGGUAAACCGCGUUUAUGAGCCAACAUGUCUCAAUUAGAUCCUUUACCAAAUAAUCUUCCCUUCAGAUUUAUUUCCAGGACUAUCGGACGAGGAGCGUAUGCAUCGGUCAAGAAAGCCGUACCCCUGGAUUCAACAACACCCGUCUUUGCCGUCAAGUUAAUUCACAAAGGCUAUGCAAUCAAGCAUGGCCGCAUCUCAGCGAAGCAGAUCGCCAUGGAGGUCUCCUUGCAUUCCCACGUUGGUCAACAUCCAAAUGUAAUUGAGUGGUUUGCCACAGACGAAGACCAUGUCUGGAGAUGGAUAGCGAUGGAGUAUGCCGAGGGUGGUGAUCUCUUCGACAAGAUUGAGGCCGACGUAGGUGUUAGCGAAGAUAUUGCCCAGGUCUAUUUCUAUCAACUCAUUAGCGGAGUAAGCUUCAUUCACUCCAAGGGUGUUGCCCAUCGAGAUCUCAAGCCAGAGAACAUCUUAAUGUCGGAUAACGGCAACUUGAAAAUUGCGGAUUUCGGCAUGGCUACAAUGUUCGAGUACCGAGGUCAGAAGAAGCAAAGUGCUACCAUGUGCGGUAGCCCUCCUUAUGUUGCCCCCGAAGUCUUAGUAUGCGGUCGACAGGAGAAAAAGACCGGUACCGAACUCGUCAAGUAUUCCCCUGAGCUAGUAGACAUAUGGUCAUGCGGUGUCAUUCUCUUCGUCUUGCUCGUAGGCAAUACACCAUGGGACGAGCCUACAAGAGAAAGUUGGGAGUUCGUAGAGUACAAGAAGACUAAUGGACGAAGUUCGGAUGACCUAUGGAAAAGGGUACCGGCAGAGGCACUGUCGCUGCUCAGAGGUAUGAUGAACAUCGAGCCGAAGAAACGAUUCUCAUUCGCUCAGAUACGCCAACACCCAUGGUACACCCGCCACAAUGAACACCUUGCCUCAGAUGGUCAGAUCAACGACCCUAUAAUCCUUGCAACGAAGAUGUUAGAAAACCUACGUAUAGACUUUAGUCAACAACCUACUUCAUCUCAACGCGGAUCGCAGUCUUCAGCCGAUGCUAUGGAUGUAGACAGCGGCUUUAGCAGGCUAUCGUCCACCCAACCAGAAGCUCCUAUAAGCGACGUCCUAUUCGACUGGGAGAGACCUGCUCUACGCACAUUAGCCGUAUCCUCGACCCAGCCCAUGUCCCGAGCGGACGCAACACUACCACCUUCGGCAACCCAGUCUACGAACUUUUAUGAUGCUUUAGCUGAGGAACCAUCGAUGAGCCAGUUCUCGCAGACACCCGGAGUACCGAUAACCCUCACCCAGCGCGCACAACGGUUCAAGGACAUUGUCCCCGCACACUCAUUCACGCGCUUUUUCUCGCACAUGCCGCCGCGGCUACUCGUGCAAAUGAUUGGUGACGCGUUACAUAACCUCAACGUGCCGCUACCUUCCCAGCCCCCGUAUAUCGGCCAGGGAGAACACGUAUCGACACUCAAGGUCAAGACCACGGAUGACCGGAAGCAGGGCCUACACGGCGAGAUUCUUAUCGACAAGUACUUCCUGCCCGAGUCACAGGAGCUACUGGAGGUGCGCUUCAUCAAGCUCAAGGGCGACCCCCUCGAGUGGAGACGAUUCUUCAAGAAGGUGGUGCUGCUAUGCAAGGACGGCGUGUAUAAACCGGAGGCUUAGAGAGAUCGUCCGGUUGAUCCGCUCGCUGGGAUGACGGAAUUUAAGGAAUCCCCAAUCAAGAUAUGAGGAGGUAUGACGGGGAUGAGCCUAGAUGGUGGGUACAGCGUUGCUUUAUGAUUCGAGCGUAGGGUUAGGGAAAUUUGCAUCGCGGCUACUGCGUUACGGAUCUUGCGAUUUGCUGCUCUAUGGGAUUUGAGCUACGGAUGGACGAUGCCUGGGAUGAAUGACUGGGCGUGCUAUGAUACGAUUGCAUUUCGCAGAUGAAUUAAUAUAAGAUGAAUCAGCUAAAUUACUGGGUUAUGUGAAGUUGAUCGUUGAAUGGGUUAAGGAGGUGUGAGGUUAACUCAUAACCUUGUAAGGUAUUCUUAGAAUACAGGUAGAUGAUAUAUUUCGACGAUAUGAGUUGACUCCUGACAUGCGGCUUUAUGGUAUACCUUAGAAAUUGACUUCCCC